CCAACAAUGCCCACUGCAAUCUUGCUUUUACCCUCUUCUUUCAAUAAUUCAAUGGCUUCCUUUCACACAUAUCUCUACGUUUUCUUCACAUUAUUCUCCACUUUACUCUGUGUUUCCAAGGCUUUCAAUUUGACCGUUGGCGGCAAAGACGGCUGGACUUUACACCCUUCUGAAGCAUACGAUCAUUGGUCAGGCAGAUUGAGGUUUAAUGUCAACGACAAUCUCCAUUUCAAGUAUAAUGGUGGGUCGGAUUCUGUAAUGGAGGUCAACAGAGGCGAUUACGGUAGUUGCAACACGAAUAACCCCAUCACCACCCUUACCGGCAGUGGCGAUUCUUUCUUCAAUUUGAAUCGUUCAGGACCUUUUUACUUCAUCAGUGGCAAUAAAUCGAACUGUGAUCAGGGUCAGAAGCUAACUGUCGUCGUUUUGUCCCCAAGGAAAAAUCAAACACCACCUACUAUUGCACUAGCUCCGGGCAGCUUUUCACCGGUUCCAGCGGGUGGAAUCGCGUCAUCUUCUCCGACCGGUAACCCCAUGGACGUGAAUGCACCGGCACCGGAAGGGUCACUGGCGACAAAACCAGCAAUUUCUGCCACCUUGAUUGGGUCACUUGCCAUGAUAGUAUUCGGGCUGGGCUGGGUUUAUUAGUUUGUUAUCUCUUGUGUGAACAUUUGAAUUAGGUUUCGAUUGUGUGAAUCUUGGAUUUAAUUCGUUAGUUUGAGUAUUAAUUUUUCUCAUUUCUUGUUGCAUUUGAUAAUUUACAUUUUACAAAUAAGGUA